UAUAUAUAAGCACCCGAUAUUCCUCAACUAGUCUCAAUAACAGAAUGGCAAGUGACGCGACACCCAGACGCUCGUCGUGUUAUCUUGUAUAAGAAAAUUAAAUCGCAUACCUAUACGCAUAUUAUAUAGGUACUGCCAUUAAAUAUUUGACCGGUCGGUCUUUUGCAACAGUCGCCGUUACAAAAAUGGACUUGCGAUUGAAUUUCGUCUUCAACAUUUUAACAGUGCUGCUAAUUCAAGUCGUGUUUUCUAAAUGCGAUUUGAAAACCAAAACUUAUAAUUAUUUCACCAAAUCCUAUUUGGAUGGAUUUCAAAGAAAAGAAAGACAAGCACCAAUAGAUCCAUCCCGUAUGUAUUUGCCACCAAAGAUUGAUUCUGUCGCAUCUAGUGGUUUUGGAGGACAAAUAGACGUGUCAAAUAAUUUUGGUGGAAAUAACAAUGGUUAUGGAGAAGUUGAAAACGUCCAGGAGACAUUUGCAAAAAGUCCAACAACAGAUUUUAGUAGCUAUGGUCUAUCGACAAAAACCACUGACGGUGAUGCGAGCGAAGUCCAGUCGACUCUAGGAUCAUUAUAUGAUACCAGUACUUAUAUGUCAAAUGGACCCGUUGGGUCAUCAUUAGACCAGAGCAAUGGUCAUCCUAAUACGUCACCAGGAGGAAAUAAUUUUGGACAAUUUUCAAAUAAGAAUAGUGAUUAUAUUAGUGCUGUAAAUUUACCAGGAACUAACAAUAACUAUGGUAGUUCAUUGGGUACAACAUCGAUACCAACUAAUAAUGGUGUUGCUGCGCCAACCGCAACGGCGGAAGGUUACGGACAAAACGAGCUAUUGAAUACUGCCCAAAAUCAAGGUCCGACUAAAUAUAAUUACAAUAGACCAACGGCAGCCAGUCAAUUUGGUCAGAAUCCAAGCACAGGUGGUUAUCAGCAUAGCCAACAAAGUACAGUUGAGAACACAGCAGGCGGUUAUGGUAACGUAGAUUUUAUUUCAUCAAAAGAUUCGUUGCAAGAUAAUAAUCGAAUUGGUGGUCAGAACGGUCAAGGAAAUAACGGAAAUGUUGGUUCAAACAGAGGUCAACCAUUUUCUAUAGAUAACAGUGGUUAUGCUAACACAGCAACCAACUCGUACGGCCAAAAAUAUACAAGUGGUGAAUAUAGUCAAAUUGAGAAUGGAAAUAAGCCUAACACACAGUUUAGCAUAGAAAAGAGCAUAGAUAUCUCAAACAAUCCGUCCUCUAUUGGUUCAGUAGGAUUUCCAAGUUCAGUCCUAAACUUUCAAAAAGAAAAUAAUCCAAAAAGUAAAAGUACAACGCAGUCCAACAACGAUAUCAGUGGUGGAAAUUAUGGACAAAAUAAGUUUCCCGAUGACCUUGGUUUCCAAGCUGGAGGAUAUAACAAAGUGUCGUAUUUCGGAUAUGGACAAUACCCUAGUGAAUCAAGUCAAGGUGUCUCAGCAACAACUCAAUCGUAUGGACAAAAUGAUUUUGUAAAACCAAACAUCAAUUCCAAGGAUUUACCUUACUCUGGAGGAUCUUUUAAUCAACCGUUGCCAAUUAAUAGUGGAUUUGAACAAGGUCCAAAUAACGAGUACAAUCAAAAGGUUUCAGGAAUAAAUAAAAACCAAGUUGGUGGUACUUCCAUUGUUGACUCUCAAAGUCUCAAUUCUAUAGGAACCAGUAAUGGAGUACAGUCAUCAGGGGUAACAUAUCAGAAUUUGUACAGCCCAAGUUCACUGGGGGUUCAAAGUUUCAAUCAGGGACAGGGUUCUUUGAAUUACGAGAAUGGGUUUGAUUUAAAUCCACAAAAUCAAUUACAGAGUUCUAACAAUUUUGAACAGUCGGGAUCGCAUUCAAUUGGAAAUAAAGAAAACUAUGGUCAGAUUUCUUCAGCGUAUAAAGGAUUUAAUCAAGAUCAACAAAACAAUCAGCUACCCAAUAGCUACGGACCGCCACCAGGACCUUCUCAAUCGUUCAUAAAUGGAAGAAAUCCCGCCCAAAGUCAAUCGAAUGAUGGAUAUAACCAAGGUAGACCAUCAAAUGGCCCUAACAGUUUGGAUCAAAGCCGUCCAAGUACGCCACAAGUAUCAAACAACUAUAGUAAUUUUGAAUAUAGACCAUCGUCUCUUAGUGGAAAUGAUUAUGAGCAAAGUGGUUCAGUUCCACCCUUAAGUGGUAGAUACCAUCAAGGAAGUUCGUCAAACGAAUUGAAUGGUUUUGGACAAAACAGACAGGACAUAUCACAGGGAGGUAGAUUAAAUAACUAUGGUCCAACAGGAUCUCAGACAUUACCUACAACUAGAAACAGCUUUACUCAAAAUUCACCUACAAAUGGAGCUCACCCUCAAGAAGCAAACCAAGGAUCAACAUUUUACGGAGAAAACGGUGUUAAGCCUAAUUCUGUAAAUAGAGAAAAUAUAGCUACAACUCAGUUAGGUUAUAAUCAAAAUGGUUUGGCCUCACAGAGUUCUGGUCAGGAAAGUUCCAGUUCACCUCCAGGUUACGGACAAGGAACGAGGCCUUGCACUUCCAAAAAUGGUGGAGAUAUUGGCCAAGGCAAAACAAGUACACUAUCGCCAGCAGACCCUAGUUAUGGAAUUCGAAACCAAAAAAAACAUUCUACGUUAGUUCCGAAAGGACAAUUUCAAAAUUCUAACUUACCAAGUUCAGGAAAGGGAGUACAAGACGUCUCUUCCAAUGCUAACAAUAAUAGUAAUAAUUUUGGAGAACCAGGUUAUAAUUCAUUUUCAAAUUUUGCACCAGGAAAUCAGCCCAACCAACCUAUUGACCCAGGAACUAAUAACUGUGAUACGAGUAAACGUGGUGAUGGCAUGAAUGAAGCAGUUUUCUCACCUAUAAAUACUGGUUACUAACAAAUAUUUCAAGUUUUUGUUACCUACUUUAAAUAAUAAUUUAGUUAUACUUGAUAAAUGCAUAUAUUUUUUUGUAACAUAAAACUAUGAAGGUUAAUUUUGACAAUUUGUUUUCUAUAUUUUUUCUUAUAAUAAAACAAUAUAUUAUAAUUCAUA